CUAAAGUGCUAGCUAAAAUUAGCUAGCUAAGAAUUGCGCUAGCUCAGAGUAAACACUAACUAACUUAGCUAACAUUAUCUUGCCAACAAACAUUAGGAUUUAUCUAUUAUAUCAAUUUGCUAGUUCUUUAGAUGGCUGCAGUUUGAAGUAGCUAACAAGGUUAGUAUAACUAUCCACCCAUCAUUUAUACCCAUUUUAUUCCUAAUUAGGGCAACAGGGGUCUGCUGGAGCCUAUCCCAAGGCAGGGGUACACCCUGGACAGGUUGCCAGUUCACAGGGCCACAUAGACAGACAACCACACACACUCACACUCCUAUGGGCAAUUCAGAAUAACCAAUCAACCUACAAUCAGUGUACAAGUUUUUGGACUGUGGGAGGAAACCAGAGUACCCAGAGUAAACCCACGCAGGCACAGGCUCCACACAAAAAGGUCCCUGUCUGUUCGAACCCAGGAUUUGGGCCCAGGACCUUCUUGCUAUGAGGCAACAGUGCUAACCACGAAGCCACCAUGCUGCCCUGUUUAGCAUAACUAAUGUUAGAUUACUGACAUGAUGUGGUACAUUCACUUUGAAAGAACUAUUUACUCCUAAAUUAAACAUAGUAUUUGCUACACUGAGGGAGCUAUGAGGAUGGAGGUUGCAUAUAAGACUAUAUUUAAAGCAAAUAUGCUGUGUUGACCCAAUGCUAAAUUACAGAACCAGAAUUAUUUUUUACUCCUUUAUACGGAAAUAGUUGUUAAAACCAAGGUGUAACGGCUGCAGCACUCACUACGCUCAACACACCUGGAUGGUUUGUGCUACACCACCACCUUCUGGUGAUAGAAUAAGCAAAUGUUUAUUCAGAGUGUAAGCCAUACACUCACUGAGCACUUUAUUAGGAACACUAUACUAAUAAAGCCUCCCUUUGCUCUCAAAACAGCCUCAGUUCUUCAUAGCAUUGAUUCCAUAGAUGUUGGAAACACUCCUCUGAGUUAGGAGGAAUUGACUUAACUGUAUUAUGCACUUCUAGCAGAUUUUCAGGUGCACUUUCAUGCUGUGAAUCUACGAUCUACAUCUGCUGUAAAGAUGUUCUAUUGGAUUAUCCAGUGGCUUGGAUGAACGCUGAACUCAUUGUCAUGUUUAUGAAAGCAGUUUGAGAUGAAUUUUGUUUUGUGACAUUAAGCCAUUAAUGAGGGUAAAUUGUGGAAAUGAGAUGCACAUGGUCAGAAGCAAUACUCAAGUAGGUUGUGGCAUUCAAGCGAUGAUUGAUCUGUAUUAACAGCUUAGAAAGUCACAAGAAAUCAUUCUCCACACCAUUACAUUACCUCCACCAGCCUGGACUUUUGACACAAGGCAGGUUGUCCCCAUAGAUUCAUGUUUUUGGCAGCAAAUUCUGCCCCUAUCAUCUGUAAACCUAAGCAGAAAUCAUUCAUCAGAUCAGGCGAUGUUUUUUCCAGUCUUCAGCUGUCCAGUUAUGGUGAACCUGUGCCCACUGCAGCUUCAGCUUUUUGUUCUGGGCUGACAAAGGUGAAACACAACAUGGUCUUCUGCUGUUAUUGCUCAGUCUGCCUCGAGGUUCAAAAUGUUGUGCAUUUUGAGAGGCAUUUCUGCUCAUGACAAUUGUACAUAUGGGUUACUGUAGCGUUUCUGUUAGCUUAAACCACUCUGGCCAUUCUCCAUUGGCCACUCUCUCAUCAAUACGGCAUUUCUAUUUGCAGAACUGCUUCUUGCUGGAGGUUUUUUAAUUUAUGGCACCAUUCUGAGUCCAUUCUAGAAAAUCCCAGGAGAUCAGCAGUUAAAGAAAGACUCAACAAUCUGGCAACAAUUAUGCCAUCAAUGACAUCACGUCUUUUCCUCAUUCUGAUGGUUGAUUUGAACAUUUCCAGAAGCUGUUGGCCAAAUUAUUUUAUACACUGCAAUGUUGCCACAUGUGAAUGUAUGUAAAUGUUUUUUUUUUCUCUGCUGGUUUAUCUAGGCGUGGCUGAAUGCUGGUUCUACCGCAUUGUCAGGAUGACUGAUAUCUAGACCAGUUUCGGUUUCAUCUCUGAAGAAAUGCAACAGCCACCUAAGUGGAUCUGUAGCUAGAGAUUUCACACCAGUUUAAAAGAUGUUCUCCAUCACUCCAGGUCAAAUAACUCGAUUUCUCCUGGAAAAACAAGGAUGCUUGGAGUUCAGGGAGCUCAGUCAGCUCAUCAAAAAAGGCAGUAAUAUUCCUGACCAAGAUGUUUUUAGGUUGAUCUCUGCAUACACUCAAUUUGUCAUUGCAGAAGAUGGCAAGAAGGGAGGAAGCAGUACUGUCUGUUCUCCAGACACCUUGGUUAUUGCUAAAACUCACCUUCAUGUGUGUCCAGACGGUCCUGAUAAAUGUAAAAACUGUGAGCAUCUGCAGAUUUGCAGGUAUUUUGUUUGCGGAACAUGUAAGUUUGGUAACAAGUGCAGAAUGUCGCAUGACGUCAAAUCUACUCAUAACACAACACUUCUGAAAAAAGCUGGUCUUCAAGAUCUUAAGGAAAAAGAGUUAUUUCAGCUCCUGCUACAGAAUGACCUCACACUGCUGCCUGAGGUUUGCUCUCACUACAAUAAAGGAAACGGAGAACAUGGCAGCUGUAAGUAUCCAACAUCCUGCACCAACCUGCAUGUCUGCCAGCACUACCUGCAGGAUAACUGCAAAUUUGGAGAUUCAUGUAAACGGGCUCACAAGUUUGAUACAAACUCCAUGAAGAUCCUCAAACAUGGACUUGGCGAAGAUGAAAGCAACGGGUUCCUUAAAACCUAUAAGAACAGGUUUCUCAUUUCCUGUCAUGCAGGCAAACCAGCUCAGAGAGUAGAAACAGUGACUGCAGUUAAACCAGCAGUGAUCACCAAGCAGCCAAACAUCCCAUGCGCCAUUCAGCCAAACAUCCCAAGCGCCAUGCAGCCCAAGAGUGGAACAGUGUGUGAGGCACUUUCUGAGGAAAUCUGUCUCUUCUACAUACGAGGCGGAUGUACUUUCAAAGAGAAAUGUGCCCGAGUGCAUCAUCGCAUGCCUUAUAAAUGGCAGUAUUUGCAAUACGGAACCUGGAAAGACUUUUCAAAUGGAGAAGAUAUUGAGAGGGCAUACUGUAAUCCAGCUAAUGACACGAGUAUGGGGUCUACUCAGGUGAACUUCGAACAUAUGACAUACGGUGGGAUGAAAGUUCGUCGUCUGUCCACAGUGUCCUCUGUUAACAAACCUCCUCACUUUAUCCUGACCACUAAUUGGAUUUGGUACUGGAAGGAUGAAAAGGGAAAAUGGAUUGAAUAUGGCUGUGGGGAAGACUUAAAGCGUAUGGCUUUGAUUACAUCGAACACCCUGGAAGAAGCUUACCUCAAAGACCCUAAAGAAACACUGACAUUCAGAUCUGAGAGUCAUGAGUACAAGCUUAACUUCGUAGGCAUGCAUCAGCAAAACCUUAAGCACGGGACAACACGAUAUGUUCGAAGGAGGCCUAAAUUUGUCUCUGCUGAAUUAGUUGAGAGAAAAGUGAGAAGUGAGAGCAGCGGCCCGUCCCCUACGAAUAUCCCUGAUUAUUGGGAAAAAGAAGCUCUUCCCAACUUCACCUACAAACUUAUAACAGUUUCAAGCGGUACAGACGAGUACCGAAAGGUGGAGUCACUCUUUAAAGCCACGAUGCCUUGUAACAGAAUUAAGGAAAUCCAGAGAGUGCAGAAUCCUUCUCUGUGGAAGGUCUUUCAGUGGCAAAAAGAGCAGAUGGAGCAGAGGAAUGGAGGAGCAGAUGUAGAGAAGCGUUAUCUCUUCCAUGGCACAGAUCCGACUCUAAAAGAAGUGAUCUGUGAGCAGAACUUUGACUGGAGGUCCUGUGGGAAAAAUGGAACAAUGUAUGGCAAAGGAAGCUACUUUGCCAGAGAUGCCUCUUACUCUAAUAGAUAUGCUAAAGCCAAAGGUGGCAUGAAGAUGCUGUUUGUUGCACUUGUCCUUGUUGGAGAUUUCACCAAAGGAACCAGCUCUAUGGCUCGACCUCCACCGAAGAAAUACAAGGAGGGUAUUUAUUAUGACAGCUGUGUGGACAAAGAUCAGGACCCUAGUAUUUUUGUCAUUUUUGAGAAGUACCAGAUUUAUCCCGAGUACAUCAUUGAUUACUUUCAAAACUAAGGACACACUAGCACCUGAUGUAUGUCCAAGACACAUCGGUCUCCUUCAGUACUGAUUAUCAGGGUAUUUUAAAGUGACUCUAAGCUUAAAACAUAGACGAUGACUACGCUAUCUCUAAUUAUGAUGGAAUAAGAUUGAUUGCGUUGCGUGAAAAUAAUAAUCACUGCAAUGGAUUUUGCCAGGUUUUUUAUUUCGAUCCAGCAGGAGCCACAGCUGAUUCCAUCCUGGCUUUCAAGAGGCUUUCAAGUGUGGCUUCUGCUUGGCUAGAAUGAAAACCUGCAUCCACAGCGAGCCAUUACGAAUAAUAUUGGAUAUCCUAGGACUAUGAAGGGGGGGGUUCAAAUGACAUUUUUGUUGGUGGUGGCAGUUGUUGGUCUUUUUAUGUGUGAGUUUAGUGAAGGAUAUUCCCCAUACAUAACACUUUUUAAGCAAAAUGUACUUAAAUAUAUAUACACCAAUCAGGCAUAACAUUAUGAACACUGAGAGGUACCAUGAACAACACUGAUGAUCUCCUCGUCAUGUCACCUGUUAGUGGGUGGGAUAUAUUAGGCAGCAAGUGAACAUUUUGUCCUCAAAGUUGAUGUGUUAGAAGCAGGAAAAAUAAGCAAGCGUAAGGAUUUGAGAGAGUUUGACAAGGGCCAAAUUGGGAUGGCUAGACGACUGGAUCAGAGCAUCUCCAAACCUGCAGCUCUUGUGGGGUGUUCCCAGUCGGCAGUGGUCAGUAAAAAAGUAUCCUUAAAGGGUCUGCUGCUAACAUCUUGGUGCCAGAUACCACAGCACACCUUCAGGGAUCUAGUGGAGUCCAUGCCUCAAUGGGUCAGGGCUGUUUUGGCAGCAAAAGGGGGACCAACACAAUAUUAGGCAGGUGGUUAUAAUAUUAUGUCUGAUCAGUGUGUGUGUGUGUAUCCUGUAUUUAUCACCGUGUAUUGUAUUGUGAGAGACUGGAUUACUACAUUAAUAAAAUCCUCUUUAUUAUACUAUACUUGA